AUGUCGACAGUUUUAGUGGAAAACUUUUUGCGGAUGCACGAAUGGAACAAAGAACUGCUGAACCGGAUUGAUGAUUACGAAAUCGUGUACCCGAUUCAGAUCCGGGAUCGCAACCGUGUUGGAAUCGAUACCCGUAACUACCUGUUUAGCAACAUUACCGUACAUUUUGAUCGGUGCUCGUUUAUCAUCAAAAGCAAUUACGGACGUUUCAAAUUGCAUGUACAUCUGAACGAGAAUUUGAUGCCGCCGGGCGCAUCGUACAAACUCGUGCUGGACACGGACAGUGAUUUCAAGGUGGUAAAAAACGUUGUCAACUGUUACUUCCAGGGUGAAAUUCAUGGCUAUGAUCAGUCGCUAGUGAGCUUAUCUACCUGCAACGGGUUACGGGGCUUUCUCUCGAUGGGAAAUCAGUCGUUCAUUAUCAUUCCAUUGAAAGGCGGUGACUUGGGCCGACGUCAUCCGCACGUCUUCAAGCGUGUCCGUGGCACUGACGAAUCGCUUUGCGGCAACACGGCCAAUACCGAGUGGGACAGCGUUUUGCAUAGGAAAAAAUUAUAUUUCGGCAAAAGCAGCGUUCGUUACGCGAUGCAUGAAACGAAAUUUAUCGAGCUAGUGGUAGUGGCGGAUUUGAAUAUGAUGCUCCAAGACUUUGGUACGAGAGUGUCUUUGACUCGUUUCGAAGCGUGGACGACGAAGAAUUUGGUAAUUCUCCACGAAGACAUUGUCCAGAGUUUGCUCGACUUCAUUCGGUAUUCCUCUCGCAAUCUUUUCAACGACAACGUUGAUGUCACCCUCCUUUUGACGGAUUCGGACUUUGCUAGGUUAGAAACGACCAUGUCUGCAUCCGGCACAAUUUGCACUGCCAGGGCGGCAGGUAUAGUAAAGGAGGGCAGCCAGUUUGAUUCGUAUCACUUGGCGAUUUUGAUGGCUCACAGUCUUGGUCAUAUUCUCGGAAUGAAGCAUGAAGACCACGAUUCCGAUUGUCAAUGUACCAGCGACGGUGGAUGCAUUAUGAACAACUUUUUCAAGCUUAAUCACGUUUCUCGCCGCAUAAAGUUCGAUCUCAAUGUUGCUGGCCUGGUUGGAGUUUCAAACUCCUACUGCACGCACAGUCGACGGAAUCAUUCUUCCGUAUUGGAAGUAUACAUUAGCGAGUGUGAUACAGUUGACCCGUGCUGUGAUCCCGUGACUUGCACGCUGAAGGAAGAGUCGCAGUGCUCUCGCGGCUCCUGUUGCGACAACUGCAAGUGCCCUGACGACGCUCACAAGCAAGACGGUAGCCCAUGUAGCAACGACACCGGCUUUUGCUACCGCGGUCGAUGUCACUUGCUCUUGAAUCAAUGUAGAGUCCUCUGGGGACAAGAUGCGUCUGUCGCUGAGUUGGCAUGUUUCCAAAAGUUUAACAUUCUUGGCGUCGAAUAUGGUCACUGUGGUUUGGAUUCAAAUGGUCGAUACUUGGCUUGCUCCAUACCAAAUUCCGUUUGUGGUCUUCUUUACUGCAAAGAGGGAGAAGAGUCGCUUUCCGCUCCGUCGUAUUUCAAAACACAGUUCGUUGACGAUCGUAAGCUGUUCGAGUGCAAGUACGUAUUGAUCUGA